GCCAGCAUCUGCCUCCUUGUCCUCCUCUACCUCCCUGUCGUCCUCCUCCUCUGCCCAGGAGGAGGGGUCUGAUGCUGCUGGGUCGGCGAGUCCUCCCCAAUGCCCUCAGAGCGCCUGCCCCUCCCCCAGUGCCAUGGCAGGCACUCCGGGGAGCCAGUCCAACAAGGGCAGCAGCAGCCCCGAUGAGGAGGGGUCGAGCACCUGGGGGGCCGAGGCAGUAGCCCGGGCCUCGCUCUCAGAUGCGCUGCGCAUGCAGGUGGCUGACCUGGUGUUCUUUCUGCUGCUCAAGUAUCGGAGCAAGCAGCCGACCACACAGGCGGAGAUGCUGACGGUGGUCAGCCAAGACGACCAGGACCAGUUCCCCGAGAUCUUCCGCCAGGCCUGCCAGUACCUGCAGGUGGUCUUAGGAGUGGACGUGAAGGAAGUGGACCCCGGCGAGCACUCCUACAUCCCGGUCCCCGUCCUGGGCCUCAGCUGUGAUGGUACACCGAGUGGUAGGCAGGGCAUGCCCAAGACGGGUCUCCUGGUGCUGGUCCUGGGGGUGAUCCUCGUGAAGAACAACCACGCCCCUGAGGAGGAGAUGUGGAGAGAGCUGGGGGUCAUGGGGGUGUAUCCCGAUAAGGAGCACAUACACUACGGGGAGCCCAGGGAGCUGCUCACCCAUGUCUGGGUGCAGGAAGGGUACCUGGAGUACCGGCAGGUGCCCGGCAGCGAGCCCGCCCGCUUUGAGUUCCUGUGGGGGCCCAGGGCCCACGCGGAAACCAGCAGCCUGCAGGUGCUGCAGCAUAUCCUCAUGGUCAACAGCAGAAGGUUUCAGGAUCUUUGGCGGCUCAGUGUGUGAGUGGCAUCCAAGCCACUGUUCUUCGAACUUGUCAUGUUCAAGUGUCAGGGUGUUGCCAUUUGCUGCAAGGAGCCGGGAACCCUCCUGUCCUCGUCUGGGAUCCAGAGGGGAAUCUCGGUGCCUGCCUGGGCACAGGGAUGUCUUGCAAACGUGGAAGACCUUGGCAGUGACGUGCUGUGGUCCGGAAAGCAGGAAAUAAACGCCAUGACUCAUUCGUUCUUGGCUUCUCACC